UCCCAGGCAUGGGGGGAGCCCUGGAGCUGCGGCGCCUGCUGCAGGCACCCCCCGAAGAGGACGGGGUGCUGUACGUGGACUACAAGCCCCCGGCCCUGGACAGCAUCCGCCUGCCCCGCUACGUCCUCUACCUGAUGAUGGCGGCCGCGCUGGUGCUGGCGGUGGCAUACGCCAUCGUGGGCCACCUCAUCAAGGACCUGAUGCACGACUUCGCCGACUGGGCUUUCGGGCCCAAGGCGGAGGAGGAGAAGGCAGUGAUGGCUGAAGGGAGCGUCCUGGACGUGGAGUGGCUGGAGGAGGACGGGGCCGCGGCGGCGGAGCGGGAGGGCGAAGGCACCGGAGCGCUGCCAGGCAUGGAAAGCGCCCCGCUGCCGCCCUCUGCCGCCCCGCGCAGCUCCAUCUCCUUCGCGGACCCCCCCAAGAAGAGGCUCUUCUAGGGCUCGGGGCCGUCCCGCGCCUCCUGGGACCACAGUGGUGCCUCGCGGUCAGAGCGCGGGGCGGCUCAUGGACACGUGUCCCGGGCGUCCCACAUCCACCCGGCACUU